AAGCACAUUAUAUAUACACAGACUACAGAGUAACAGAGAGUGUGAGCAUGGACUCUACAGUUGAGGUUCCAGCAUGGACUCCAGGUGGCAGCCCGACAAGAACUCUGCUAGAGUUCUUGACAGCCGAAAAGGUUGCUCAGGAGGAAACUAUAGCUCCUGCUCUGCAUCAACAACAAUUAUACAACCAUCCAUAUCCUAGUACUAAGUUUCCAUUUCCCAAUGCCCCUUGUCCUAACUGCGUGCCUCCCCCGCAGCCAGAGCCGCCUCUGAUUGCGAAUGCGAGCCGCCAUGAAGCCGCUUCGCUAAGACUGUAUGAUGAAAAAAGAUCAUGGAAAAAUCGAUCAUCGAGAGUGUCAGAUAUUGAAAGAGUGCAGAGUGCACCUAGAGAUGACGGUGCCAGAAUUUACAUGACAUGGAACGAUGUGUGGGUGACGGUGCCAUCUAAGAAAGGUGGUCGACACCCCAUUCUGGAGGGACUAACUGGAUUUGUCGAACCUGGUCAGUCAUUGGCCAUCAUGGGUCCUUCGGGUUGCGGCAAGUCCACUCUUCUUGACACGUUAGCAGGGCGGCUAGGCUCAAACACAAAACAAAGUGGAGAUAUCCUAGUUAAUGGCCGCAAACAAACGCUGGCCUUCGGCACUUCAGCAUACGUGACUCAAGAUGAUUCACUGAUGACUACACUUACUGUGCGGGAAGCGGUCUACUUCUCUGCUCAACUUCAACUCCCUAAUUCAAUGCCGAUUGCUGAAAAGAGAGAAAGAGCCGAGACGACCAUAAUUGAUAUGGGUUUACAAAAUGCCAUGAACACAAGAAUCGGAGGGUGGACUGUGAAGGGUCUUAGUGGUGGACAGAAGAGAAGAGUGAGCAUUUGCAUUGAAAUCCUAACACAUCCGAGUCUUCUUUUUCUUGAUGAGCCCACCAGUGGACUGGAUAGUGCAGCCUCUUAUCAUGUCAUGAGCCGUAUUAUCAGACUAGCUCAGCAAGACAAGAGAACCAUCAUAGCUUCCAUUCAUCAGCCUAGUGCCGAAGUCUUUGAGCUUUUUCACAAUCUCUGUCUUCUAUCCUCAGGCAGACAAGUUUACUUUGGUUCCACUGGAGGAACGAAUGAGUUUUUUACAUCAAAUGGUUUCCCAUGCCCGGCAAUGAGGAGCCCCUCUGAUCACUUCCUCCGAACCAUUAACAAAGAUUUUGACACUGAAGAUGAGCAAAAAAUCAAUGGCGGUCAAACUGCUGCGGAAGCUAUUGAUAUUCUUGUCAAGGCAUUUCAAUCAUCAGAGCAGAGCAAACAAGUUCAAAAUCGAGUUUCUGAGAUAUGUCAAAUGAAUGUAGAAACUGUGACUCGUAAGGGAAGCCAAGCAAGCUUUGUUACUCAAUGCCUUGUUCUUACUAGAAGAUCGUUCCUCAACAUGCACAGGGAUCUCGGGUAUUACUGGCUACGUUUGAUCAUCUAUACUACACUUGCUGUCUGCAUAGGUUCUUUGUUUCGCGAUAUUGGCCACACUUAUGGCUCAAUUCAGGCUAGAGGUUCGAUGCUCAUGUUUAUUGCAGCCUUUCUGACUUUUAUGGCAGUCGGUGGUUUCCCUUCCUUUGUAGAAGAUAUGAAGAUUUUUACGAGAGAAAGAUUGAACGGACACUACGGUGUAGCUGCAUUUGUUGUGGCCAACACAUUAUCAUCAGUUCCUUUCUUGUUCCUGAUUGGGCUUAUACCAGGAGUGAUAUCUUAUUAUCUUGUUGGCCUCCAAAAGGAAUUCGGCCAUUUUGUGUACUACGCCUUACUACUCUUCAUCUGCAUGAUGCUGGUCGAGAGUCUAAUGAUGGUGGUGGCCAGCGUCGUACCAGAUUUUCUUAUGGGAAUCAUAGCAGGUGCUGGAAUUCAAGGCAUAAUGAUGCUAACUGGCGGAUUUUGUCGACUACCAGAUGAUAUGCCAAAGCCAUUCUGGAAAUACCCAAUACAUUAUAUUUCCUUUCACAAGUAUGCAUUUCAAGGUUUUUACAAGAACGAAUACAUAGGCCUGACAUUUCCUAAUGAAAAGGCUAGAGGGCCUCCAAAUAUUACAGGUAAUGAGAUUUUGCGAGAUAUUUGGCAAGUGAAAAAGGGUUAUUCUAAGUGGGUUGAUAUGACAAUCCUGCUGGCCAUGGUGGCUGCUUACAGGAUCUUGUUCUUUCUGAUUACCAAGGGAGUGGAAAAGUUUAAACCUGUGAUCAGAGAUUUCCUUAGUAAUAUUUCUUUCAAGCGGCAAUCAGAUUCAGAAGAUUCCUUGCGCAAGCAAGAAUCCAGCGUUCAUAUUGUUCGAGCCUUUUCUGCUUUAGAUUGUAAAUGUUAUCAGGUGGAUGUAACAUUUCGUGAUUAGAUAAUAAGAUUGUAUUUCUAUUUGUGAAAGAAGCUAUUAAUAUGAUUUUGUACUCUUAAUGAAUUUCUAUGCAAUCAAAUCUUAUGUUAUCAAAA